GAAAGGGCAGGAUGUCACCAAGGAGCGGCUGUGUCCUGGAUGUCGGUGACUGGUUGGUUGGGGACCGUGAGUAAGCUGCCUAACUAGCGUGGCGGGGACAGAGCUUGAGGAAGGUGCUGGAGACACCUCUCACCAAGAUGGCGGCUGGGGGGUAGUCCCUGCAAGGGGCGGCACCGCUAGUCGCCCGCGAGGCGGAAGCAGAAGGCACCCCCAGGCGCGCGACUUGGGACUAAGGCAGGGAGGCCACCGCAGGUAACUCGGAUCAAUUCAACCCCAGGGCGGUCCGGGCCCCGCCCCUUGCCCCGCCCGCCGCGGAGCCCAGAGGCGGUGGGCAAGGUGGAGCCCGGAUCCCCGCCCCGCCGGGCAGUGGAGGCCGUUCCAGCACAGGCCGUCCAAUGGCGUGUAGCGGGCGGGGCCCGGCGCACAUCUACCGGCCGCUUGGUCCAGGGCCAGGCACGGGAGCCAGUCAAGAACUUGGAAGUCAGAACCCAACCACCUAAGAUGCUGAGCUCUUCCCAGAACCCUCAAAAUGGCACCUGGAAAGAGCCCUUCUCUCUGCUUUUGGUUCUUGGAGCUAUUCUCUACUUGGGCUACUACUGGACAUGUGUGCCCCAGCCUCCGACCAGAAUGCCAACCAACCUUUUCCACAGACAUUCAGCUGGGCAAUUGAUAUUACCUGAUCUCUCCAAAAUGGGUUUGGGGCACAGACAGACCGAGCGGGAGAGUCAGCGCUCAGUCAGUGGCAGCAGCUUCCAGCCCUGGUACUGAGUCGGUUGAGCCCGUGCUGGAGAGGUGGCUCUCCAGGACUGGCAUUCUUCAGGGCUCUCGAGGGACUCUAUCAGCUGAGGUGACUUGGCCGUUCCAGACUAAGGCAUGUUUGGAGGGGUCACCCUGAUGUCAGGCGCCUCACUGGCUGUGCAGAAUCCAGGGGAGUGAGGCAGACUGAUGUGGUUACAGAGGCCUCGACUAGUGACUGGGCCCUGGCUUCUGGCCUUCCUGGAGCAACAGUGUCCAGUCACUCUGGAGACGUUCUACCCUACGCCAUGGUGUUUUGAGGGGCGGCUACAAACCAUCUUCCGAGUCUUACUGCAGUCUCAGCCCCCAGUCCCUUAUUGGAGUGAAGUCCUCCAAACCCCAGAUGGAGGACAGCUCCUGCUAGACUGGGCUGACCCCGACAGCAGUCCACACCCUGCUGCUACCCGGCCCAUUGUACUACUGCUUCCUGGUAUCACAGGCAGUAGCCAGGACUCCUAUAUCUUACAACUGGUUAACCAAGCUCUGAGGGAUGGCUACAGAGCUGUUCUAUCUAAUAACUGAGGCUACCGCGGGGAAGAACUGCUGACCCACAGGGCCUUUUGUGCCAGCAACACUGAAGAUCUGACAGUCGUGAACCACAUAAAGCACCGCUACCCUCAAGCGCCACUCCUGGCUGUGGGCAUCUCUCUCAGAGGUAUAUUAGUGCUGAACCACCUAGCACGAACAGGGCGGGAUUCGGGGCUGGUGGUGGCACUGACUCUGUGUCCGUGCUGGGAUUCCUUUGAGACCACCUGCUCCCUGGAACCCCCACUCAACUCACUGCUCUUCAACCAGCGCCUCACUGCCAAGCUCUGCAACAUUGUGAACCGAAAUAGAAAAGUGAUGGAAAAGGUGGUGAACGUAGACUUUCUGCUACAGGCCCGAACAAUCCACCAGUUUGAUGAGCGCUACACAGCUAUGGUCUUUGGAUAUCAAGACUGUGUUACCUACUAUCAAGCAGUAAGCCCAAGAACCAAGGUAGAUGCCAUCUAGGCCCCUGUGCUCUGCCUCAAUGCAGCUGAUGACCCCUUCUCCCUGAUCCACGCCCUUCCUCUCCAGGCUGCCCAACACUCUCCCCAUGUCGCACUGCUCAUCACAGCCUGGGGUGGCCACAACGGCUUCCUGGAAGGCCUGUUCCCCUGGCAGCACUGCUACAUGAACCACCUCUUGCAUCAGUACACCAAAGCCAUCUUCCAGCACCCGGUGGAGCUGCUCAACCUCAGGGGUCUCUCACCUUCUGAGGGAGGCAAGAGCUGACAGGAGUACCACUGGGCUCUCAGUUUAGUCUUUGCUUGUUUAUUAAAUACGAUCUUUUCCUGCUGAA